CGACGCCCACAUAUCCAGGUGAGCGGUUCGCAAUUGCAAACGUCUCCGUGCACUAGCAGACCACCCAAACAAUCUCGCAAGGAUAUCUUGCUCGAGUCCGAGACGCUCUGACUGUACGCCUUAGACGCCGGCCGGGGCCAGAGUGUAACAAGUCAUUCUGGGACCCUCUUAUGCUAGCGUGGCUUCCCCGCAGCGUCUUCUUCGACUUCUGUCUUAGCUUCUGCAGAGGAGAUCGAGCGCGGCAGCCCAGCAGCACUUUCUUGGCCCAUCCGUCACCAGGCAUCUUUCCAAAUAUGGUGCCGACAGGUAGCCUCGCAAUACGAAAACAAUUUGGGGUGGCAUUGCAUCCGUUACCUGCGCAAGAAGUCUUCCACCGAUCGGGGGACACUCGAGUCGCAGGUCAAGCGGCUGGAGACUUGGGGGUGCUCACUCAGGUUCCAUCAUCACUCGUCCCCUUAACUUCCUCCGCGGUCAUCCAUGGGCUGAAAUUCACCGGAACGCCAACGCGUACCUGUCGGGUGUGUGAAAACGAUGGCGCUCGUCUGCUUAGGCUAGCUCGUCGAAGCUCGCGAGCAUAGGCAAUUGGGGCCGGGCGCGGUCCCGCUCUGCGGGAGGAAGUUAGGAUGCCUUGGGUCCGUCAAUCCUCACAUGGCAUGGAACAAGACUCCUG